AUGCCUCAAUCAUCGGAGAAUCAACCUGACAAUGAUCAAGAUGGAUCGGGAACAGGGGACUUGUCACCGGCUCCCCUUCCACUUGGCUUCGACGUGCUGACCACGGCCAUCAACAACAUGAAUGGGUUUCACAAUGUCAUUGGGGUUUGCGUGGACUAUAUGGACGCGUGCAAAUCCAGAGGCACUGAUUACACCAUCAGAUUUACGCUCAACGACCCAAGUUGGAAAAAUGGACCUGGCAUGAGGUUCCAGUAUUUCAAGAAAAGAAUGGAGGACUUGCCAGCCAUCCAGAACCAAGGUGAUGUGGUCAUUUUGCGUAACGUCAAGACUUACAAUUUUCGAGGGUAUGAUGGAAUAUCCUGUAACAGCACAUCGUGGACCGUCGUCCCAAACACUGCUUUGAACGAUCCAAUCCAUGUUCUUAGAUCCAAAUUGAGGCGCCUGAACAAUACGUCAAUACCCAAUGACUCGGAGCUUCUCUACGCAAAGUCCAUUGCAAGUCGUCAGUCCAUGACAAGCUGGCCUGCACUCAAGGGAUCCACGGCUUUACAAAUUGAAGCCAACAUCCAAGCUAGCGGUGGAACUCCUACUCCGCGAAAGACGAAAUUCCGCAAACUCGAGGAACUUGACCAGACCAAGUCUAUCUAUUAUGUGGAACUACUGGGUGAAGUCCGAAGAAUCUUCGCUUCCGAUAACCACACCGAACUGUACAUCACCGACUAUACCUCCAAUUCUAAGCUCUACGAGUAUCGCUCUGGGACAGACAAAGAUGCGAGUGGUGACGAAGAUCCUAGUGGCCGAGAUGGCGACCAAUUCGCAUAUCUCAAAGCAACCAAUGGGAAUGGCGAUGGCGAUAAACCGUGGCCAGGACCAUGGGGUAAAAUGACGAUAGAUGUCACCCUCUGGGACGAACAUCACUAUUACGCGGCUAAAAAUGUGCGAGAAGGCAGUUUCGUUUACCUCCGCAACGUCAAGAUCCAGCAUGACAGCGGCGAUGGCAGACUUCGAGGCAAAUGUCACGGUGAACCACAACCCGUCAUCAAUGUGGAAGUCCGAAAGCCCAGUGAAGCCCGUACCGACCCUCAUAUGAAGGCUUUGCUAUCCAGGAAACAGAUAUAUGAAACAGAGGCAAAAAGCAAGAAUCUGAAUGUCACAUCAAAUGUCUCACAUGAGAAGAGGCCACACAGUGAUAUCAGUGAGGCCAUGGAUCAGGGACCCAAGAGUAAGAAUUCCAAAAAAAGAGCUCGCGGGCGGAAGCAGGCAAAGGCGGCGGCGGCUGCUGCUGCUGCUGGCGAGGAAAAGGAGAAAGACAAUGGCAACCAUUCAGGAUCAACAGCCGAGAUACGCAACACAGUUAACCCCAACAUUCGAUGCCUCAAGAAUGAAGUACCCUUGAUGUCUCUGAGUGAGAUUCUCGAUCCUAGCAUCUUGGAGAGAAAAACUCCAUCCGGCAAAACUUUCAGUUUACCGUUCCAGAAUUGCCUGUACAAGAGCAAAGUUCGAGUAGUCGACUACUUUCCAGACGACUUGGCUGACUUUUGCGUCCCACGCCAGAAAUCAUAUCGUGACUGUCUCUCAGAUAACGAGGGGGACUCUGGCUGCGAAGCCACUCAAUUGGACGAAGAUCAAGUUGCAUGGUCAUGGCGGUUCAUGUUGCUGAUAGAGGAUGCACGGCCACGACCAAAUCCGACAGGGAAAGCAAAGGCAGCUCAGAUGGAACUUCUUGUUGCAGAUCGGGACGGAGAUUUCUUAUUGAAUCAAACUCCCUUCGAUACGCGCAGUAAGGACAACGCCGCUGAGUUUAACAUAUUGAAAGAGAAGUUAUUUCACAUGUGGGGUGACCUACAGGAGAGGAAGGAAGAAAUUGGAAAAAAUUCCACAAGUCUCCAAUCCAGUUCACGACCUUUCGAAUGUCUGAUCAAGGAAUAUGGUGCGAAACUGCCUCGACAAGUAAAUCAGUCUGGAGAGGAAGAGUUUUUGAGGAUGUUUCGGAUAUAUGGAGUUACUAUCUGAACAGGCAUGCGGAGAUUGGAUUUCUUUGCUUAAUACGAAGCAGGCUUCAUCAUCAGGAGGGCAUCGAACACAUUUUCUGGAUCGUCAGUAUUACAGCGCCCGUUUUAAAUCCGGGCUUGGAUGGACAGCAUGUGGUCUGGAACGGAAAACAUCUCUUAUGUUGAGAAUGGACUAUCCAUAUGUGCUAAAGGGAGCUGUUUUUCCAUCCUUCUUUUCUACGUCAUUCGACAGAGGGAGUGCAAGAACGCAAGUCAUUGAGGAGAGGCGGCUUAAGGAGCCACAGUUCAGAGAAAUUGACCUAAACCUCAAUGUGCAUCAUGUCAACUUGUGCAUGUGGCAGUCCAUAUUCGUCUGAUCUUCUAGACGGCGUUCGUCGGGUUCCAACAUCGAGAUCAAUGAGACUGGACGUGCUUCAGUCCUUGCCCACCGUCUGUGAAUAAGAUGAUUGUUUUCACAUGGGACGAGGCCAUUGUGACAGACCAUCACCCCUGUGCUUUGGCGCUUGGCAUGGUAUAGGUUCUUCUGACCAAGGUCCUUCGCAAGGCACAUCGGGUGGCGGUUGGAAAGUGAUAGAGGGUCGAGGUGGCAACAAUGAUUGUCUUGCUUCACCACCUCCACCAAAUGCAUGAUCGAGCAUGAGAACACCAUGGAUGGGGUUCGUGGGGCUUCAUGAUCUAGUGCUGCAGUCCCCCCAGACUAUCCACAGCGGCAACUUUCCACUGCGCAGCUAGAUUGAUGUGCAGAGUAACUGGAUAUGGGAAGUGGAAGGCGAGAGGUGUGACUUCCUGAUCCCAGGAUGGAGAAAAUGGGCGAGCUAGGCAUAACGCCACGAUCAGAGGCAGAAGACUUUCCGGGGAAAUUCCAAGCAGUUUGCUCCAAGCCUAUAUUGAGACUCGGUCUUUGCUAGUAAGUAGUUAGGCAAGAUGCCGUCCUCCGCAGCUCGCUGUCUGGGCCGGACAUGGAUUAGAUGGCUCCAGAAUCACCAGCGUUGAAGGCUCGCUU